AUGGGCCAGGUAUUUUGGUGGUGCAGUAUCAAGUGGGAAGUCAGGGCUUUUGGCACCGUUUCUAAGGCCUUGAAUGCUGCCAGGGGACAACAGGUGGCCAUAAAAGAACUUAAUCUCCAGCACCAGGGUGUCGAGGAAGUGUUAAAAGAAAUCCUGGUCUUGAAAGAAAAAAGACACCCCAAUAUUGUCACCUACCUACAAAGCUACCUUGUCAAUGGGGCUGUCCUGCUGGUGCUGGAGUACAUGGACGGAGGCUCUUUAGCUGAGGUUGUCAGAAAGAAAAGGAUGGAUGUAGGACACAUAGCAACAGUCUGUCGCGAGUGCCUGCAAGGCCUGGCUUUCCUUCAUGCCAACCAGGUGAUCCACAGGGACAUCAAAAGUGCCAACAUCCUUCUGAGCCGGGAUGGCGCCGUCAAGUUGGCUGAUUUUGGCCUCUGUACUUGGCUCACCCCUGAGCACAGUAAACGGAAGUCCGUGGUCGGCACCCCUCGCUGGAUGGCACCCGAGGUGGUGAGAGGAGAGCCAUACGGCCCCAAAGUGGACAUCUGGUCCCUUGGCAUCGUGGGAAUACACAUGGCCAAAAGAGAGACUCCUUACAUUCGUCUAAACAGUGCCAGGGCUAUGUAUCUGAUAAGCACGCAGGGGGCACCAGAUGUGCACACGCUCAGGCUGCCCGCUGCCUUGCGUGACUUUCUGGGCUGCUGCCUGCAGAUGGAUGUGGACAGGCGAGGCUCUGCCAAGGAACUUCUGCAGCAUCCAUUUCUCAAAUUAGCGGAGCCUCUCUUCAGCCUCUUCUGGCAGCCUGAUUGCUGUCAUCCCUGCAGCAAAGUAGUGCAGGCAGCACAAGGACACCUCAUGAGUUGGAGAAAAGAGCCUCUGAGGACAGGAAGAAAUCUUGAGGAGAGAGGGGCCAGGAAACAGGCAGCCAUCAGAGCGGGAAAGGAAAGAUCACAUGGGCCCCUGCCAUGUAAGUCUCCACUCCAGGUGCUUUUCAAAUUAAAACAAAGGAAAGCUGCAGUGAAGCAAUUGAGGAAGAGGAGAUGACCAGGAGCAGUUUGGGAUUUCCUUCUCCAAUGCCAGCUUGGAGAUGGACUCAGAAUAAAAAUCCUAGAAACCCCCAAGCUCUGUUGGAGGGGUUUGGAUUGCCCCCUUGGUCACCUUAUCUGUUGCGGUGUGCGUUUCCCAGGAUGCGCUGCCAGCAUUGGGGUGCGUCACAUUUCCCCCCGGGGAGACUCUUUCUCCCCGCUCAGGAACUCCAAUGGUCUCAGCGGUUGCUUUUGGGGUGCAGAGAUGAAGCAGAGGCGAGACGGGUCUUGGGGUAAACUGAGGAGAUUUAUUAAAGGUACAACUGAAGAAUAAAAACUAAAAGCUGAACCCCAAGGACCGGGAGCACAUGUCUUGCCGUGGAUUUUAUAGACAGGGCAAUACAAAGCAAACAACCAAUGAGAAUGCACUCAGGGAGGAGUCCAAGGCAGAGAUACAGAACUAAAUCCAAUGGGAAUAGCAAAAGCAGUGUAACGAUACAAAACAGCAAAUGAUAUAUUGAGCGAGGGAAGAUUGGCAAGGAAAAUUCUAACAACAGAGGCAGGGAUACAGAGAAUUGACACACAAUGGCAUGUAUAAUUUAAAUCAUAACACACAAAUGAAAUAGAAAGCUAGCCUGAAAACUCAAAGCAAAAACCCACACCACAACACAUCAUUGCAGCAUGUUUUGCCUAAUAAACUAGAACAAGCUAAACUGAGUCACUUCUUUUUUCACUAAAAUGCUGGGGCCUUGGUAAGACUUUUCAGAUUAAUUCCAGCACAUUUCUAUAUGCCCUGACUGCCAGUAUUGCUCCCUUCCUAAUGUGAACACAGGGGUCAUUCCAAGAGGUCUACAGAGCCUGCAGAUGUGGCAAACAGAUGUGACACACAUUCCUGAAUUUGGCCACUUGAAAUUUGUGCAUGCUUCUAUUGAUGCCUUUUCAGGUGCUCUGUUUGCCUCAGCUCCCACGGGAGAGACAGGGAGAGAGGCUUGCCGUCAUUUCGCUGCUGCCUUUGCCACCUUAGGAAUUCCACAACAGAUUAAGACACAUAAUGGCCUGCAUACAUUUCCCGUAGAGUUGCAAACUUCUUCUCCUUAUGGGCUAUCACUCACCAAAGGGGCAUACCUCACUCACCCACAGGACAAUCAGUUAUAGAACAGCCCGGCGCCCAUGGCGUUCUCAAACGUCUUCUGGUACAACAAAAGGGGGGAGCCGGGGAUGCUCCUGCUGAAAGAUUAUGCAAAGCCCUGUAUGUUUUUAAUGUCUUGAAUUGUUCAAUGGCAGACUUAAAUCCCCUCAAAUUUUUGAACUUGCUACUCUUGUCAGAGCUUUUCAAAAUUUUUCUGUUCCUUUUAAUCUAGUAACAGAUUCAGUUUAUGUUGCAAAAUUGUGAAGCCUCAGCCCUGAAAGAAAGUGUAAAAAACCUGGAAACAGAUGAUAGAUUUGAAUUGCUGAAUAAACGCCUAAGAAGCUAAAGACUUCAUAAAUAGAUUAGAAAUUUAGUUAAAACAAGCUUAUAUGUAUUAAGCAUUAUAUUAUGUAUUGUUAUAAUUAUUCCUUAUAUUUUACAGUGUAUUUAAACUAAAAGUAGAAUCUGGAUCUUGGCUAGAUAACCUGUUUAGUGGCUAAGGUCUGACAUCUUGGCUAAAAGACUUUCUUAGGAUAGGAAUGCAUGUAAUGAUUGUAAUAAUAAUUGUAUUAGUUAUGAUACCUUGCUUGCUUCAAUGUGUGCAGAGGUUAAUUAAUAAAGCCAUCAAGGGGGUGUUCUUGGUUGAUACAGGAGGGGGAGAUCUGGGAAUACACAAGACAGAGAGUCAAACAGACUUGAUUAGCAUAGCUAGUUUGAUAACCAAGGUGCCAUGGCAGGAACCAACAGAACUGUGAAAAUUACAGGAGAUGGGAUUACACCUGCUUACGGGAAGAGAGAAGAUUUAAUCAACUUCUGCAAGCAAAGGAUUGUUGUAAAAUGCGUGAGUUUUCUGUGUGUGAUUUUUAACCUGAUUAUUGUAGUAGAAAUUAUUAACCUGUUUGAAAUAGUAUAUAAGCUUUUGGGAAACCUGAGUAAAAUCAAAUUCUGAUCACCGAAUCAGUCUUCCUGUCUCCCAAUCAUCGCCAAUAGGAUGGGGCCCUGAACAGCCUGGUCUAGUGAAUGCCAUUCCUGCCCAUGUCAGGGGAAUGGAAGUAGAUGAUCUUCCAAGGUCCUU